GGAGCCCGGGGUGGCCGCCAUGUCGGACCUCGGGGACUGGUUCAGGAGCGUCCCUUUCAUCACGCGCUACUGGUUCGCCGGCUCCAUCGUAAUACCGCUCAUCAGCGAACUGGGCCUCAUCCACCCCUACUACUUCGCCCUCUGGCCCGAAGCCUUCCUCCACCGCUUCCAGAUAUGGAGACCAAUCACUGCCACGUUUUAUUUCCCUGUGGGACCCAAAACGGGAUUUCUCUAUCUGGUGAAUUUGUAUUUCUUGUAUCAGUAUUCUACCCGCCUAGAAACAGGAGCAUUUGAUGGAAGACCUGCAGACUAUAUGUUCAUGCUUCUCUUUAACUGGAUCUGCAUCGUCAUUACUGGCUUAAUAAUGGAAAUGCAGCUACUGAUGAUUCCUCUUAUAAUGUCAGUGCUCUACGUUUGGGCCCAGCUGAACAGAGAUAUGAUCGUGUCAUUUUGGUUUGGAACAAGAUUCAAGGCAUGUUAUCUGCCUUGGGUUAUUCUUGGAUUCAACUACAUCAUCGGAGGGUCGGUUAUCAAUGAGCUGGUAGGGAACCUCGUUGGACACUUGUAUUUCUUCUUAAUGUUCAAAUACCCAAUGGAUUUGGGAGGAAGAAAUUUUCUGUCUACACCUCAGUUUUUGUACCGUUGGCUGCCAAGUAGGAGGGGUGGGAUCUCAGGGUUUGGGGUCCCUCCUGCCAGCGUAAGACAGGCAGCAGAAGAUCAGCCCGGCAGAGGUGGGAGACACAACUGGGGCCAAGGGUUCCGGCUAGGAGAUCAAUAGAACGUUCCACCCAACUUGGCAAAACCGAGAGGCCUCUGCAAAUCAGGAUUGUCUCCCUAAAGCCGUUGGAUUUGCCCCAAGCUAAAUGUAGUGGUGCCGAGUCCUAUCGUCUUUCAGUCUCGUGGGAGAAAUGGCAAGUUUUCCUCUCGAUUAGUGAUCCGUACGUCAGUCCCUACCACUGGGAAGAAAGAAACGUUUGCCUUUUGCCUCUUUCCAUCUGAGUCUCCGUUUUCACGUCUUCUUCUUGGGCCUCUUCCCCCUCCUCCCUAGGCCCGUCACUCAACGGUAGCUUCUAUGUGCUUCUGCUUCGUCGGAAUUUAUUUUUUUUUUUGCGGUAAACAUCGAAAGCACAGUCCGAGGCCGAGUUAACCAACCCCAUACCAAAAGUUCCCAUUUCCCUUUUGGCACCAAGAGGCCGGAUUUUUGGCGGGGCAUCAGAAAACCUAGGUGUAUCAAAACAAAACAAAAAGCAGUUUUCUUUGGCCUUCCAAAAUGGCCAAAGAGGAGAGGGGAUACCGAAACGACAGAAAGGGAAGACUAAUUAGGGGAGAGGAUUGGCAAAAGAAGAAUUGCUAAGGCCCAAGACUGUCUUACCACCAGCUCUCAGAAUCAAUUAGAUAGAGCCAUCCACAACACCGACCUGAUUGAUUUCUUCACACAAAGCUUGCCUUCCACUCACAACCGUUCUCUGGCCUCACCAAUGAUUUUCCAAGUGAGCCAGGCGUUUUUCCCCAUGUUCGUAAAGUAAAACGGGCUAAGAACAAGUGGGUCCAGAUGGGCUGGAGAGAAAUCUGGAUUGAAAAGAUAUUGGUUCAUAUUGGAGGGUGGGGCGGUCUUAUUCAGAAACAAGAGUGACAGACUGAGGAUCCCAAACAACUUGAUUCCCAGAAUUUCUGUUUGUGUGUGAACUUUUUUGUUUUUUUCUCCCCCUUCAGAAAUAACUAUGUCACCAGUAAGGCUUUGGGAAUCUACAGUGUUCACAGUUAAAGCGUUUUUAAUCCGCAAAUCAGGUGACUUCUAUGUGUCAUAUAUAUGGCUGGCCACCAAUUGGAGUCAAACUCAAGGAACUUUGAAACAAACACAAACAGAUCAGUUUCCUUUAUGAUGCAUCUUUUCCCACUCCUACAAAUGUGAUUUUUUUUUUCCUUUUUUUCAUUUCGAUCUCUGGGUCAUGGGCACUAGAGGGAAUUUACCGGUGAUCUGUCUAAAUGUCUCAACUGUGCAGGGGGGAGGUGGGUGAAGUAAAAUCACUUGGUUUCUUCCGUGUGCACUAAUAAAGAUGAAUUGGCAAUUCCCCCAUUUUAUUUAUAUUUACAAAAAAUUUUGCUUAGGUGGAGAGAGUGUGGCUCUUUGUAUUACAGGUGCCUGUGUUCGUGAGUGCGGUUUUCUUGAAAAAUUUUAGGUAUUACGUCCAUCAUGAUUCUGCAUAUUCCCCCUUUGGCUUUUAGAAUUACCCACUGCAAAUAGUGUCUUUCACCGGACAUGCAACUUCAUUGAAACGCCAGCAUUUCCUGGUAAACAAAACUCCGGCUAUUUCUAGAGAUGGUUGCGUAGACCGUCCUUUUACCCAUAAUAAUAUCAACAGCAGGAGAAAUGGUUUCUAAAACUUCAUGAGGAAGCAGUAUUUCAGGGCAAAGUGAAACUUGGGACCCAAAAGUCUCAGGCUCAUACACGCCUUUAGAAAGAACAAUUGGAAAUCCACCCCUCACUAUGUUGGAUCAUUUACGUGGUCCAUAUUUGCUAAAGUCUGCAUUGAUGGUGCAAAUUUUUGAUAAGAGAUGGAUCCUUAAUCCUUUUGUACAGAGAACAUCCCUCUUUGUAAUGACACUUUUUUUAUUGGUAACAUUUUAAAUUAAAGUUUGCAAGUUGAAGACA